AUGGCGGCGCCGACUCCCAUCCCGACUUACACCAGCCUGCCGACGACACUACUCGCGCAGGUGGCUCGACAGGCUACAGCUGCCGUGACCAGCGCCCCGACGGGCACAUUCAUCUCCACGCAGCACAUCACCAUCGGCGGAGUCACCAACGACUACGUGACUCUUGCCGGCAGCACCAUCGACCUGGCUCUGCCGACAUGCAUCCAGACCAUCACGCCCGACGCCAACGGAUACCUGCCGCCGGGAACAUGUAACGCCAUCUGGGACUACUACCCGAGUUUCUCGGCCGCGGCAGCCUUUGCCGUCAUCUUCGGCCUGCUGACGGCCCUUCACAUCUUCCAGGCCAUCAGGUAUAAAAAGCCAUUCUGCUGGGUUAUUGUCAUGGCUACUGUUUGGGAGACGAUGGCCUACGUAUUUCGCGCCGUCAGCACGCGGCAACAGCAGAGCACGGGUAUAUACCUGGUCUUCCAGAUCUUCAUCCUGCUGUCGCCCUUGUGGGUCAAUGCCUUCGUCUACAUGGUUCUCGGCCGCAUGAUCCACAUGUUCGUCCCGUCGCGCAACAUCUUCUCCAUACCAGCCCCAAUAGUGGCGGCCGGCUUCGUCGCCUUCGACUUCAUGUCGUUUGUGGUUCAGCUGGUCGGAGGCAGCAUGGCCGGGCCCACAGCGCCAGCCAACCAGCAGCUGAACGCCAUUCAUGUCUACAUGGGCGGCAUCGGCAUCCAGCAGUUCUUCAUAGUCGUCUUCGUUGGAUUCGCGGCCAAGUUUCAGUUGGAGAUGCGGACACUUGAUGCCCGCAGCGGCCGCCAGGGCUCAUGGAAGUCGGGCUGGCGACCCCUUCUGAUGACGCUGUACGCGUCCCUGACUUUCAUCACUGUCCGCAUCAUAUUUCGGCUCGUCGAGUUCUCGUCGGGCUCCACCGGGAUAUCCAACCCGCUGAUGACCAACGAGGCCUACUUUUAUGUCCUGGAAGCCAUGCCGAUGCUUCUGGCGGUUCUGGUCUUCAACUUCGUCCACCCUGGCUCGGUCCUUGGGGGCCCAGACUCCGAAAUGCCCGGAUUCUUUGCGACAUGCAUGGGCUUCUUCCGAAAGAAGAAGCAAUUCAGAAAGCUCGACGAUGCCUCUGAGAGCGAAGAGAUGUCGUCUCUGCGCGGAUUAAUCAACGUUGCCGUGGCUUCAUGUGGUUAG